AUGUCGUACUCAUCACAGCGUUACGAUCUUGACGCUGCGGCAGCUAGGAAGCGAAACUCCGUCUGUUCGAACCAUGGUGCUUACAGUGACUAUGACCGGCGUCGCAACAGCAGGUUCUCAAGUAGUCGAACUUCUGACUCGUACUCACGCAGGUCUGGCGAUUUCAAAAUGCCUUACCAUAUGAGGUGGGAACAACAACAUCAUCAUCCCAGGAGAGAUCAGAACCUGCGCCCGAGAAGGGGCUCAGCUUCUUGCCCAGUAUUGGACGAUUACUCUCAUUUGAACAGAGAGCGCCGUGCGAGCAAUGACCGACGACGCCCUCGCUCUGACAGAGGGCGGGAUCGUUCGCCACAGGAGGAGAUCAACACAAUGCUCAACAGUGGUCGGGCACCAAAAAUCAAGCGAGGUUCAACCUAUGGUACUUACAUCAUGCCCCUCGACAUGCGAGGACAGUAUCAAACUUCGGACCCCACGAAAUGUACUUGCAGAUGUUGCCCCCAUCCGACAGGUAUCUCCCAUAGCCACGAUAACUAUGGACAUAUGUCCGACGUGCAUGCUACCAGUCGAAGCCGUUCGCAUCCGCCCCACAGAUAUAACCGCAAGGGCAGGCCUAUCUUUGAGGUAUAUGACAACACAAGGAAUGGAAUGCGAUGCGAAAACAGUUUUUCGUUCACCAUUUCAGUUAACCCCCGAGCAUCAUGUGAUCGCAUCGUGGCCUUCUUGGCACCCGACAAGCGGUAUGCCAAGGUUCUAGUGCACUGGAAUAACGGGACGGUGCAGAAGCUCGACAGCAAUGUUCCGAUGGGUGAUCUUCUAGAAUACGCAGAAUAUCUCGAGAUCAGGGAGGUAAAGCAGGUGCGCUGGGUAGCUUGA